AUGGUCCGCCUCAACAUCUUCUUCGCUGCCCUCGCUCUGGCCACCGGUGCCUUGGCCAAGACCAACAGCGAUUGCCAGGAUUCUUUCAACUCCUGCCGCACUGCCCCUGAAGCCAACAUGGCCUCAUGUGCAGGCGAUCACGCCAGCUGCUGUGCCGACGUUUACGAUACCUGCCGCGUUGGUGCCGAUGCCAACAUGGCCACCUGUGCCGCCGACAACGCUGCCUGCAAGGGCCAGGCUUAA